UGUUUAUCAGCUUCACCGGAUCCGCCUUCCUCCACCCAGAUCAGACUGCACUCGUGUAUUCUGUUACCAGCAAUGCACAGUGUAGAUCCAGCAAACAGUAGAGAUGUGACUCGGUGAGACUCUCGGAUGGUCUACUUUAGGCUUCACAGCAGUGAACGUGUGAACAGGUCUCUGUCCUGGGGGAGGAGGACGUGUGGAGCCAGGACUGACAUGAUGAUUCUUCUCCAGUCUCACUCCUAACCUGACGUUUAAAGUAAUGGCGACGUCAGAGCGUGAUGUCAUCGACUUCCUGGCGUUGGAGCGAGAGCUGCGAGCGGCGGUCGAGUCUGACCGGAGAUACCAGCGAGAGAAUGAAGCUAAACUGAGAGCCGUCAGCCAGAGAGUCGCCUCCUACAGGGAAUACAGAGACCUGGUCCUGACCUGUCACCUGAAGCCUCUGGAGAAGAAAGAUAAAGACGGAGCCCCACGGAAACAGCCCUGGAACCCCGUGGCAUCAAGCAACAAGUGAUACCUGGUCACCGUAGCAAUGAGGAACACAAAAACCCCGUGUUUUUAAAUCCUUGAACAUUUUUACUGUGAUCCUAAUUAAAACAUGUUGCUGUCCCAUGAAACCCAUGUAUCUAUAGGGCAUAAAAACUUUCCAGGACUUUUCAACUCAGUCCUGGAACCUUUUUCACAUGAUCCAGCAGGUUUAAAUGGUUUAUUGUUUUGUACUUCAUCCUUCAGUUUAUGUGAAAAAUUCAAAAUCACCAGAUGUGGAGAUGCGUGGUUUGGAUUGGACAGUAAAUAUGAUCACACAUGGUGCUGAUGUUUAAAUCCGAAAACAACGAUAAAAAGACAGAUGUUAAUGAACCCACCAAUAAAUAGAAUUAAAUGCUUUGUUCUGCUCUGUCAACUAUCAGAGUUUGUCUGGUAACUUUGACAUCCUCCUCAGUUGUUGCCGAUAUUGAAAACUAAAUCGUGACUUUUGUAACUGA